CGUCACGAAGUGGUUUUACGCAGAAAGCAAGACUUUGAUAGAUUAAGGUGGCGCAUUGAUGCCUGUUACUUCCGUGAAAAAUUGAGGUCUUUUAAAAGGCAUCUACAGUCACAGCAAUGGUUUCGCUGGCUGGAAACUUCAACACGAUGCUCGCUUACUGCAACGAGUGCCGAAUGUCGAAGAAACUGAUAGUUGUCACCGUCUUCGUGGCACUCCUACUGGACAACAUGCUAGUCACGGUGGUCGUGCCGAUCAUCCCAGACUAUUUCUAUCGCCUUGAGCACCCGAACUUUACCGGCGACUCUGGCUAUGACUGGAUUGGCCACACGGGUGCACACAAGAUGCAACAACAGAAUAACAAUAGCCCUGCGGUAGAAGAUUACCACAUGGCAGACAGCACCACUGCGCAUGCGCGUGAUGAUCACGUAAUGCAGACGCAUGCACACGUGACCGAAACAUCCGGUGCUUACACGGAAGAACCGCAGCGAAAUGAACACGAUUGGGACCUGAUACAUGAGAACAUCAAAAUAGGACUUCUUUACGCUUCCAAAUCAACGCUACAACUCCUGGCAAACCCCUUUGUUGGCCCACUGACGAACAGGAUCGGAUACAGCAUACCAAUGUUUAUAGGAUUCAUAAUUCUAUUCCUUUCAACACUAGGAUUCGCCUUUGGAACAUCAUACGCUGUGCUCUUCGUGUCCAGAGCUAUGCAGGGGGUCGGGUCAUCUUGCUCUUCUGUUGCAGGGAUGGGUAUGCUGGCAGACGCAUAUCAAGAUGAUGCUGAAAGGGGGAGUGUGAUCGGCAUGGCCCUCGGAGGACUAGCAUUUGGAGUACUGAGUAAUUCACUCCAGCUCAUGGUGUUGAGACCGAACGUCAAGACAAAGGUUGACAUGAUUGGGGAUCCUCUCCACAAGCUGCUGCGUGACCCGUACAUCCUCGUUGCUGCAGGAACCAUCUGCUUUGCCAACAUGUCCAUCGCAAUGCUGGAGCCCUCCCUGCCGAUCUGGAUGAUGGACACCAUGGACGUGGGCCAAUGGCAGCUCGGUGUAGCGUUCCUACCCGCCAGCAUCUCCUAUCUGAUUGGGACUGCCUUAUUUGGUAACCUGGCACACAGGAUGGGAAGAUGGCUGUGUGCCUUGUUGGGGAUGCUGCUGGUCGGGAUCUUUUCCUUUGUGGUUCCUUUUGCCCGAAGUCUGUCUGGACUGAUCGUGCCAAACUUUGCAAUCGGGUUUGCGAUCGGAAUGGUGGAUGCGUCAAUGAUGCCAAUUAUGGGGUACCUCGUCGACUUGAGACACGUUUCAGUGUACGGGACCGUGUACGCUAUCGCCGAUGUCGCCUUCUGCCUGGGAUUUGCCAUAGACUCCCCCUACAACAUGCGCCGCAAUUGGCUGAUGAGAGGCAUCGCCAUCGUCAACAUUCUGUUCGCCCCAUUCCUCAUAUUCCUCAGAAACCCGCCGGGAAAAGAAGAAACUGUGGCGAUUUUAUACAGUGAGGAAUGCCCGAUGCCGACCCAGCCGCACGCAGUGAGUUCGAAGGACCGAGUGCAAUACAGUUUGAAAGUGAAGGAAGCAUCGUCGGACUCCGAAUAG